AUGAGGAAUGCGAGAGACCGCAGAUGCCACGACGGCGAUAUCCCCAACAAGGAGGAUGCGAUCAUGGCUAAGUGCAUUGAAGGCUUGCCGUUCACCAUAAGGGAAACAUGUUCACAUUCCACCGCCCUACUAACCGCCAUCCAGGGCAACGGCCACGGCUUCGACCUGGCCGCCUAUCCGUAUUCGGUGGACUUCUCCAACAACCGCGCCAGGCUCCGCUACCCAGCUGACCCUGACGCACUGCUUGAUAUGCUAUGCGAGAUGGUGUGCCGCCUUUGUAAAGUGCUCUACUUCCUGUACUCCCAGUGCUGCCGCAGCACCGCCCGGGUCAAGGGGUGGCGGGAGUGCGCGUACGGCCGGCAGGUGCAGUCACACCACUGGCAGUGUCAUAUAUUUGACACGGAGUCCACUACUACCACUAGUGGUGCAACUACAACAACCACUUCCUCUACCACCAGUCACGGCUGCCCUCCUACAUCGCCUCUCCAGUCGUUCCUCUCCGACCGAUGCAAUGGACUACUGCCGCAUACCCUCACCAUUGCUGACAUGGUCAUAGAAUGUGCCAACUGCACCUCCAACCAACUCGGCCAGCAGUGUCUCACUCCGCUCGGCUUCUGGGACCUUGGAUUUGCUGCCUCCAUAAGUGGCACCGGCUGGGAUCUCGCCAGGCGCCUCGGAGAUAUGUGCCGUGACGCCGACUCAUGCCUGUUCGUGCUCUAUCGGACCCUGUUUUUUCUAUGUCCCGCUGCACCCUCUUCACUCGCCGACGUGUUUGCAUUGUAUGCUCAGCUGCUACGGAAGUGGGACAGUCAUGACCAUCUUAAGCACCGUGGCGGCACGUACACCGAUGCCUCCGAUCUCAUAUCGCAUCUCAACAGCGACGGCAUCGACGGCCUCUUCCCACUGUGGACACAGCUCCACGGCAGCUACCAGAAUCCGAAACUCACCAGUGCCAUUGUGUCGCUCGCCGGUCAUGACCACGAAAGUCACGGUGCUCUUUCGAGCCUCUUCAACGACUCCACUUGCAAGUCACCCCGUGGAUGCGCUCCUUACCUCCAACCCCUAGGACUCCACGCCCGCCACACCUACCCGCAGAAGCACGCCGGGCUAUACAUCACGUGGAUACUACACCUGGCAUGGCAGUUCUGGGAGUUGCUCUACAACGUACUCCACGCGCUGGGCAACAUCGACUGCACGGCCUCCGGCUGCGCCACAUGCCCUUGCCAACCCGGAACCCACGGUGGGAAGGACACUUGUCACUGCCUGUCCACCGUCCAGUGCGCCGGACUGCUGCCUACACUCUACCGCUACGGAUUCACGUAUCGCAACGCAAAUCUCUUGGUCACCGAUAAUCGUGCCAUUCGCUGCGGAGACCUCAACGCCCAACUCAAAAAGGCGCUGCAAUCCGACCACUUCACCGAGUUGUUCCGGCAAAUCGACCAAAUCACAUGGCACAUCCGGAUGCCGUUCCUCUACUUUCUCAUUGCACUGUGGUCUCUUGUGGCGCUGUACAUACUCCACACUUUCCUCUACCGCAUGGACGUCCUCUACAUCCGAUCACACCUUAUACGCACCAAGGCGUCGCACAUCAUCGAUGUUAAGGCGCUACUCAUACCGAGCAGAAAAAUGCUAUCACUAUACAAAGACGUCGAUUACUUCGAAGACGAUCCCGACGAGCUACUCAACUUAAAAUAG